AUUGUAUCUCUAAUUAUAUAUGUAUCGACAAUAUUAUUAUAUUUCAGGCGAUGAGAUGGAGAUGAAUAUGAGAUGAUAGAGGUUGCUUCUGGUAAUGAAGCUACUGCUACUAUUAUAGCUAUGGCGGUGAGUUUCCUAGGCUUCUGAGUCAACUCUUGACUCCAAUAAACGAAUCGAACGAGUUCGUCGGAGUUUGUUCUAGUUCUUCGCUGAUCGAAGGGGUUAGAGAGAGAGAGAGAGAGUGUUGAAGGAGAAAGCUAUGAAUAACGCUAAUGGAUUUAGCUGUAUGGAGACGGAGUACAUUCGGAAGCACCACAAGCACCAGACUGUCGACAAUCAAUGCAGUUCGGCUCUCGUCAAGCACAUCAAGGCCCCUGUUCAUCUCGUUUGGUCUUUGGUGAGGAGAUUUGAUCAACCGCAGAAGUACAAGCCAUUCAUCAGCAGGUGCGUUGUGCAGGGAAGCCUUGAAAUCGGAAGUCUUAGAGAAGUUGAUGUUAAAUCAGGGCUCCCUGCCACUACCAGCACCGAAAGAUUGGAACUUCUUGAUGAUGAAGAGCAUAUCCUUAGAUUCAGGAUUGUUGGUGGUGAUCACAGACUCAGGAACUACUCCUCAAUCAUUUCCGUCCAUCCAGAAGUCAUUGAUGGAAGACCAGGGACUCUGGUAAUAGAAUCCUUUGUAGUAGACGUGCCCGAGGGAAACACCAAGGAUGAAACCUGCUAUUUUGUACAAGCCUUGAUCAAGUGCAAUCUCAAAUCACUGGCUGAUGUCUCAGAGCAGUUAGCAGUGCAGGACAGGACUGAGCCCAUUGAUCGCAUGUAGAUGUGGGGCUGCUGGGGAUCUGUGGCAGAGGCUAUGAAUACACCAUGGAUGAAGCUUCUCCUUGACUUUUUGAUGCCUAGAGGCUGUGGAGGCAGACGGGUAGUAGCUGUUCUCCCCAUUCCAGAUACACAUUCGUGCUCUUUUUUUUUUUCCUUUUGUUUGCUAUGUUUAAUGUCUGGGUUUUACAAUUACUCUAGACUUGCUGUUAAUUAGUUGCAUAAGGUAGAACCACAGCUUUAUAAAGCUUUCUAACCCCACCAUGAAUGAAAGGUGAAAAUGAAAGAAGCCCUAGGUUGUCUUUCUAUCUGAUAGUUUGGGUUUUGGCCGUGGUGGUUUAUCAUGCUUUAUAGGUGUAAAUAUACCAUAUUGCAGAAAGAGUUGGUGUUUGUAAAUUUUUUUUUUUUUUUUUUUGAUGUUGUCGUUUUAGCUUCUGUUGCUAUUGAUGUAUGUGGGGGGAAAAGUAAACCUAUAAGGUAGCUGUGAGUCAUUAUAGAGAAGAAAAGCUUGUAAUAUUUUUUGCACUGCUAGAAAUUGCUAGAACUUGUCUGUGAAUUCACUUGCUUCAAAUGCUAUUGGAUACUUUAUGGACUA